GCGCGUUCAUCUUACCCAGGCACGACCACCAUCUCCGAGCCUCGCCGUCAAAAACGAGUGCUCGUUGUCCAGCGCGGUUCACGACCAUGCCAUCACGACCCUCCCCGAUGGCACUCCAGAGCUCGUCGCCGCAACCGUCGAUCUUCAGGAAAAAGUCGACCCCCGCCAUGUCCUCCGCGGCCUCGUACCUCUCCGCCGUAUCAGAGGCCGACGCACGCGCACGAGCACACGGGGGCACGCCCAGCUCGACCCCCGCCCUCUCCUUGUCCAGCUCGGUCACGACGAGCAGCUCCGACACGGUCCUCGACGACCCCGACGCCGAGUUCGACGAUGCGCUGUCGUACCCGCGCAACCCGCCGACGAGCGAGCAGGUCUUCACAACCGUCCACUCCGAGUUUGGACACUGCGCCAACGAGCAGUAUCGUUUCAUGAGCCAGCACAAGCCGGGCACGCCCUACCGCAGCUACCCCGAGCAGGACCCGCCCCACUACAUCCUCCUCACCACCUACCUCAGCUACCUCCUUGUCAUCUGCCUCGGGCACUUGCGCGACUUUGUUGGCAAGCGUUUCAGGCGGUCCGCCUAUAGGCAUCUUUUGGCACACGAUGGAUAUGCAGCACUUAACUCCGACUUCGACUCGUUCUAUACCCGGCGGCUCAAGACUCGCAUUGACGACUGCUUCUCGCACCCUGUCACCGGCGUGCCUGGGCGCACAAUUCUCCUGCUCGACCGCUACUCUCCGGACUACAAUGUCACGAUGCAUCCGACCGGUACACGCACGCGUGGGCUGAACAUUUCGUCCUACAACUAUCUCGGUUUCGCCCAGGCCCGUGGCGGGUGCGCUGACGCGGUGGAGGCUUGUAUCAACCGGUAUGGCGUCUCGUCGUGCGGAACGCGUCUGGAGGGUGGAUCGCUGGACCUGCACGAGCAAGCGGAAGCGCUUGUCGCAAAGUUUGUUGGACAGGAAGACUCGAUGAUCUGCAGUAUGGGCUUUGCCACCAACUCGACGGUCAUUCCCGCUCUCGUCAGCAAGGGCAGCCUGGUCAUCUCCGACGAGUUCAACCACGCGUCGAUCCGCUUCGGUGUGCGCGUGAGCGGCGCGAACGUGCGGACGUUCAAGCACAACAACAUGAAGUCGCUCGAGAACUUGCUGCGCGAGGUCAUCAGUCAGGGCCAGCCGAAGACGCACCGACCGUGGAAGAAGAUCCUUGUGAUCGUCGAGGGCCUGUUCUCGAUGGAGGGCACGCUUGCGAACCUGCCAGUGAUCAUGGAGCUCAAGAAGAAGUACAAGUUCUACCUCUUCGUCGACGAGGCACACUCCAUCGGCGCACUCGGCCCGCACGGACGAGGCGUCGCGGACUACUUUGGGAUCAACCCGCGGAACAUCGACAUUCUCAUGGGCACGUUCACGAAGUCGUUCGGUGCAGCUGGUGGAUACAUCUCGGGCUCGAAGGCGCUCAUCGACGGGCUGCGUCUACGCGCGCACACGGGGACGUACACGGAGGCGAUGACACCACCGGUCCUCAUGCAGGUUGUCGCGUCGAUGGCGAGCAUCAUGGGCAUCUCGCCCGCGCCGAGUUCGAAUACUGCAGUGCAGGAGGUCGCGGAGCUGGAGCGGCACCCGGGUACCGCCCCGAUGUCGCUGCUGCCGUCGUGGAUGCCGCUCUCGCCGGCGAUGGUGGACGGCUCCGACGGGCAGAUGCGGCUGCGGCGGAUCGCGUUCAACUCGCGGUACCUCAACCGGGGCCUGCGCAGGCUCGGGUUCAUCACGUAUGGCUGUGCGGACUCGCCGGUGAUCCCGCUGCUGCUGUUCAACCCGGGCAAGAUGGCGGUGUUCAGCCGGAUGAUGCGCACGCGCGCAGUGCCGAUCGUCGUCGUGGUGGUGGCGUACCCGGCGACGCCGCUGGUGACGUCGCGUGUGCGGUUCUGCGUGAGCGCGGCGCACACGAAGGAGGACAUGGACAUGGUGCUCACCGCGUGCGACGAGAUUGGCGACUUGCUCGACCUCAAGCAGGGCCAGGGCGAGCGCUGGCCGCUCCAGGAGAUCAUAGACAGGGCGGUUGAGCUCGUGAACAUGCCGGAGGACUCAUAGAUGGGAAGUAAUGUACGAAACGCUAAUGCUUGCUUUGUGGGCUGUAGUAACCAGUCUGACCUCUACUGUUCGUGUAAUUACCGACCACAGCCUACGCUGGGUAUUUAUGUGUAUAUUUGAUUCCUCCUGACAUGGCUACUCACUGGGAAGGCUGUCGAAGUGCAAGGUGUAGUGACGCAUCCCUCCUUGUCCAUUCACACUGCACUACUGCGAUUGAGCCUCGUAUGUUCUCUCCAUUAUUGGAAUGAAGUUGUUCAAGAGCGA